CGAGUCAAGAGUGGUGAGUAUAUAUAUAUAUGUAGUCAAGAGUACGUGACCUGAUGCGGGAGAAUGGUUUUGCCGGACGGCGAUGUUCGAUUGGUGAUUCUUAAUGACGCGCGCUCGCUGCACGGCAACCUUAGCCAGAAGCUCUGCAAAGAGAGAUUUGCCCUUCCUGAUCACCAUCAGAGGUCGGUCAAAGCAGGAAGAAAGGCGCGAGGCACGAGACCGAGCCACUCAAAGAUAAGAUGGCGUCGCACAAGACUGAGCUGGAAGAGCUGCACGAUUUUGCGCUGCAUUUGGCACUGAGUGCAGGAGAAGCUCUUCGAGGCGCUACAGCUUCCCAAAUCUCUCGGACUCGAGGUGCAUCUUCCUCUGCCUUUGACUAUCCUUACCCUUUAGGAGAAGAAGUGGGUCUGCAACCCAGCACGAGUCAGACUGCCUCUGCAAGCUCGCAUCCUACAUGGGAUGAGGGUUACACGCAGGAGGAAAAGGCUGGGAGUACGGAUUUAGUGACCAGCACGGAUCUCAUGCUGGAGCGCUUGAUCACGGAUAGGAUCAGGCAACGAUAUCCCGAUCAUCACAUCCUGGCCGAAGAAGCGUAUGCCAAGGGCGGAAGCAAGGAGUGGAAGCUGGACCCGACUGCCACGACUUGGAUCAUCGAUCCCUUGGAUGGCACCGUCAAUUACGUCCACGGCAAUCCGUUAGUGUGCAUCUCGCUAAGCGUCGUCCAAGAGCUUUUACCGGUCGUUGGGGUAGUAUACGCUCCUAUGUUGGGCAGAAGCGGUACACUAUCCUUCGAGCCGAACGCAUGUCCACCUGCAUCCUCAUCCUCCUCGAUCCCAAACGUCCAAAGACUUCCACUCCAGCCUCGUCCCCUCUCCCAUAGCUCUUCAGAAUGGCUCUUUGCUUCAGAAUGGGGCAAGGAUAGACGUGAUGUGGUGCAGAGCUCCGAGUGCGAGUCCCGAGAAGAUCUCAAAGGCGCACAAUUACGAGGCUUGAGAUCUUACGGCUCUGCAGCUCUGGAUCUGACGCUAUGCGCAGCUGCAAGUGUGGACAUCGUUUGGGAAGGAGCAGUAUGGGAGUGGGACAUUAGCGCUGCUCUUUUGCUCCUGCUCGAAUCUGGUGGCGUUUGGACCGACGCCAACGGACCUUCUAAUCCACACAACCGUUUCUGGUCCUCCAGCAGCAGCACGGAUCAGCCUGUCGGGGCAGAUCUGAGGAGUAAAGCUUCAGAGGAAAGGCUACGUUUGGCUAUUCAGGAAGAAACAUAUCCCAAUGCCGGUCUGCCUCGCGCAAGUUUGGGAGCUAGAAGGAUACUGGCAAUCAGAGGAGCUACGGGUCCCGAUGCACAUGUUGCCCAGCGCGCGGCUGUUCAUCAAGUGUGGAAAAGGACGCAGGGCUUGGAAUACAGGAGGAUGGGAGUGAGGUACGCCAUUGAAGAGGAAGACGCCAAGACUGCAAACGCUCCACAAGGCUCGUAGAGGCCUAUCCCAUGCUUCACAAAGCGUGGAGUCA